UGCCGCCGAACCGCGCGCGGAUCCCUUGCUGUGCGAGCUUGGUGGUAUUAUUUUUUUUAAAAAGUUGUUUUAAACCACCAGAGUAUAACAGCAAGAUGUCCAGCAGUGUCCCAGCUGACAUGAUAAAUUUGCGCCUCAUCUUGGUAAGUGGGAAAACGAAAGAGUUCUUGUUUUCACCAAAUGAUUCUGCUGCAGAUAUUGCAAAACAUGUGUAUGACAACUGGCCUAUGGACUGGGAAGAAGAGCAGGUCAGCAGUCCAAAUAUUCUGCGGCUUAUUUAUCAAGGACGGUUUCUUCAUGGCAAUGUGACACUAGGAGCAUUAAAACUUCCUUUUGGCAAGACAACGGUGAUGCAUUUGGUGGCUAGAGAGACAUUGCCAGAGCCAAACUCUCAAGGUCAGAGGAACCGUGAAAAAACUGGAGAGAGCAAUUGCUGUGUGAUCCUGUAAACUCUGUCUGCUUUACCUGCUAAGUGUGAUGUAAUAUAGUCUUUGUCUUUCAUGCUGCUGGAAUAGAAGAGGCCCAACCUUGCUUCAAACACCUUUAGGAAGAGCCUGUCUGUAAAUCCAUGGAACUGAAAUAUUACAUAAACACUGUCACAUUAUUCUCUUUUUUUAAAGGAGAGAUCUAUGAACAAUUGCAUUAUAAUUUUAUUUCUAUUUUUUUCUUGCUGAAUAAUCUUAUAAUACAUCGGUUCUUGAAUGCAUUCAAUCUCCAGAAAAAGUUAGUGUUCUCUUCCACAGCAGAAAUCAUUUUGCUGCCACAAAAAUCUUCAUUAACCGGAACUAAUCAAUCAAGCUUUCUAGAUGCAAUUUGCACUAAAAACAGUUGACAAUAUGUUUCUCAUCAGCAAUCUCUAAUGAUAUUUGAGACACCUAGAAAUAAUCUCCAAUAUAUAAUACAGCACUGGAAAAUAGAAUCCAUAAUUUAAAAAAGCUCACUAAUGGCCAACUCAAAGGAAAAACUGAAGUCAAUUCUACCAAGUCAAUCUUGGUGGCCGAACUGGCACAGAAUACUAACUAAACCGAGCCUGGCUAUAUAUAUUUUCACUGCAACAAACAAACGAAAAACGAUGUGCCUGUAAUUUAAAAGCACUCUGUAGAGGGCUGUUGAAACUGAUUUUUUUUUCAUUAUUAUGGUGCACUCUUUUCUCCUAUGUUAGUUGAGUGCAUGUUCAUACAGCACAAACAAGUGCAGAGAGUGCAUUUCCUAGCCUUAAUAUGGGAGGGGUAAUUUCCUGUAGUUCAUAGGCUUUUAUUAUUGUGCAUAAAUAUUAGAAGACUUCAUUUACUAAUCAAUUUUAUGUAUUUGAAUAUCAGCAAUUGAUGUUUUUCAGUAAUUCUUACUCCUCUGUAUCUCGGUGUCCAGAGUCAUGCUUACUCAUAAGAGACUUCAAAAGAAUUAUUAGAGUUAAAAAAAGAAAAAACCUCUGCCAUAGUACUAGUUUUGUUUCUUUAUGUAAUCUGCAUUUGGUAUUAGUGCUUGCAAUUGUAUUCAAAUCAGAAGCUGAUUUUUAAAGGCAUACAUAAUUAAAAAGGAUGCCAUUUUAUUUCAUAUCAAUAAUUUAAAGGUUGAUAUGCUAAAGAAAUUUGCACAGCACUAAAGCAUGAGCUAGUUUCAUCUAAACCUGUAAAAAUAUAAAAGAUUUUAUAUUUUUUCACUCGGGAAGAAUUCUUCCUGGAUGAAAUUACAAAUAAGUGUAGAAUAUAUUUAAUAAAAAUCUUAUAAAAUGCAUAACUAUAGAACUUAAAUAUAGAUUGGCGUGUAGCAUAAUAGAACAAUAUUCCAUAUAAAUAGCAUUAGCCUUAAAAAAAAAAAAAAAAAAAAAAAAGUCACAGGUUGACGUUGUGUUCUGUACUUAAUAAGUGUUCACAGCCCUUACAGAUGUUCUGUGUAAUUGUUUUUUCAAAUGGUCAGCAUCAUUCAAAUGUAAUCAGGUUAUUUUACCCAUUGUUACUGCUUUGAUGAAAUGCUUUAUAUGCCAUAGGCCUACAAAAAUAUUGUUCAUACUGAUCAGAAUUAAAUUUGUAUAGAGCAGAGUUUUAAAACAAAUUGUAAAUAGCACUAAACAUUUUCUUUCUGCAACCUGUACUGAUAGAUUCUACUGUAAACUAAAUAAAAGAAUAUUGUAGUGCA